AAAUAUCGAAUAUAAAAUAAAACAAUCCUAUUGGUUGGUGAACCUAGAGGUUCACCUUAGGGGGUGAACCCAAGAAUAAGUCAUUGUAAUACAUAUAAAUUAUACACUAACAGAAAGUUAUGCAUAUAUCAGUUGAACAACAUAUAUUGCACUACAUAAACAGAAUUGAUUCUUUUAGGAAAAAAUAAUAAUUGAUUCUAAUGUAUUUUGGUAAAACCGACCUGGUUUAUAACUUUAUAAUAGUUAAUUCGUUGGUAGAUAAGUCAAACCAUAUCGAUCAAAACUAAUAGCUUCUAAACAUACAUACAUGUUGACAAAUCCAAUGUAGCUUACAGUAAAUAUGGAGGAGCGAUUAAUAUUUACUAUUAAAAGAUAAUCCAUAUACGUUCGGUUCGGUUACCAAACCAGAAUUGGUUAAUAAUUUUAUGGAUAAAAUCAGAAAAAACUAACGUACAAAACCGGAUGCAAAUUAAGAAAACCUAGUUAACCGAACUCGUGGCCUUCUCCUAACCAACGCAGCCGCAAUCUCCUGAGCCACCUCACUCCAGACAAAUCGUGAUUCAUUCUCAAAUCUCAAUCGGUCACUCCCGCUGCAACUUACGAAACCACACCGGAGCUUAGUGAAAAUCCACUGACGUCUUGACUUGCAAUGGAACCCAACCAAUAUGAAACCACAAACAACCACGACAAAGAAAGAAAUAACUCAAUUCCACAAAACUCCUAUCUAGCCUUCUCCUCGACUUGAAUCCAUCAAGCAAAGAGUGUAAAAGAAUGAAGAAGAAGACUUGGAAGAAUGGAGAAAAAAAAUGUUCAUGGAACAAAAAGAAAAACGGAGAAGAAGACAUUUAAGCCACCGUCUGUAAAACUUAUUUAAGGUUAAGUGAUGUCAAUUAAUAUAGGGUGGUUAAGGAAAAUUUAAAAACGACAGUUUAUUGAAUGUAAAUGGCAUAAAGCGGUAAAUAUUGAGGAAAACUCAGGGUUAAGUACAAAAUGUACUCCUGUUUUAAUAGUUUAGAUGACUGAAUAUAACAAAUUAUAUUUCAUAUUCACUUAAACAUAUUUAUAUGAAAAUUUAGAUUUCAGAUUUAAAUACUUAAUAAUAUGGCAUAUAAAACAAAAUUUUAGUAUGUAGAUUAAAAUUUUGAAAAAUUGACUUUUCAUAUUCAUGUAAAUUUAUUUUAUUAUAUAUAAAUGAUUUAAAUUAAUAAAUGAUAUUUCUUAUUCAUUUAAACAUAUAUAUAUAUAUAUAUAUAUGAAAAUUUUAAUUUCAGAUUUAAAUAUUUAAUAAUAUGAUAUAUUUGUAGAUGAUAAUUUGUCAUCACCAAAAAAGAGAUUUGUAAUUAGAUGAUGAUUCACAAAAAAAUUAUGAACUAUUAAAUAAUUUGUUAAAAUAUUUGAGUUACAUAAUAAGAAAAAAAGAAAAAAACUGGAAAAAUUCAUAAAAUUGUAAAGAUGAUAUAUAUAUAUAUAUAUUAAAUAUAUAUAUAUAUAUAUCUAUAUAUAUAUAUAUAUAUCUAUAUAUAUAUAUAAAUUAUCUUAAUGUUAUGUUAUUAAGGUUAUAGUAAGAUAAUAUUUAAGAGAAAUGUAUAUCUUAUUAUAUAAAGUAUAUUUUAUAUAAUGAUGUGUAAAUAAGAUAUGGGAUCAAUCUUUUAACUUGAUGUCUCCUAAAUAUUUCUCUAUCGGUAGUAUACAAAGGUUUUCAAUAUAAAUAGCAGUGCUAGGAGUUUGAAGAAAACACACAAAUUGUAACCAAGCAAAAGUCAGCCAAAAAAGACAAAAGAAAAAAUGGAGAAGAAAGAGUUAUGGAUUAACUUGAGAGAAGAAGAUUUAACCUCAGAAACAAAGACUCUAAUCUCUUCUCUUCCUUCAGAUGAACCAUACCUCGGUCUAAACCUCUGCAAAUACCAAGGUACUUGGUAUUACUACAACUUCCUCCAAGGUAUCCUCAAUGUCCAGAGAGGUCUUCAGCCUCAAGACACUGAUAUCAUCAUCGCAUCUUUCCCUAAAUCCGGUACCUUAUGGAUCAAGGCACUCACUGUGGCCCUCUUCCAGAGAUCGGAGAACCCUUCUUCUGGUGAUGAUCAUCCUCUUUUAUCCAACAACCCUCAUGACCUCAUACCAAUUCUUGAGAUGCAUCUGUAUCGCGACACCCACAAACCGGACUUGACCAAGAUCUCAUCGUCAUCUCAAAGGGUGUUCUCUACUCACAUGCCGUUCCAUACUCUUCAAGAAGCUCUCAAAUACUCUCCUUGCAAGGUAGUGUACAUUUGCAGGGAUGCUAAGGAUUGUAUGGUGUCACGUUGGCGUUUCAUUUGCAGGUGCCUGAACAAAGAAGAGGACAGAAACAUUCUCGAGUCUAUGUUCGAGUCCUUCUGCAGCGGGGUUGCCUUGUUUGGUCCCUUUUGGGAUCAUAUCCUGAGUUAUUGGAAAGCUAGCUUGGAAAACCCUAAGCAUGUUCUGUUUAUGAAGUACGAUGAAGUGAAAACAGAUCCUCAUAGUCAGCUCAAGAAGCUUGCAGAGUUCUUGGGUUGUCCCUUUUCCGAGGAAGAAGAAAAAAAUGGAUGUGUGGAUGAGAUCUUGGAGAUGUGCUCUCUGUCUAAGCUGAGAAGUUUGGAGGUUAACAUGACCGGAGAAUCAGUCGAUGGCAUUGAUCACAAGAACCAUUUUCGUAAAGGGAUAGUCGGUGACUGGAAGAAUUAUCUAACUCCAGAAAUGGGGAACAAAAUGGACAUGAUCAUGGAGGAGAAACUCAAAGAUUCGGGUCUCAAGUUCUGAGCUAUGUUCUAAAAUGCAUUGUAAUUAUAAAGUAGUUUGUUCUUAUGUAUGCUUCAUGCUUUGGAAUUCUGAGUUAUGUCAUGUGUAGUUUGUGUGUGUGUGUUUCUUCCCCUGGGUGUUGUUUGUGUUCUUUAAUAAAAAGUACAUUUCUAUAGUCAAGA